AUGGAUGCCGACCAGCAGCCCUCGACAAGCUGGCAGGAUGACUCGCCGACGAUCCGUGCCCGUUCCCGCGCCAGUUCGAUGACGACCCUCGGUGGAUUGCGACGUGCUGCCGCCACCGCCGCCGCCGCCGCCGCUCCUACCGGUCCAUCCACCACAGCGGGAGGGGGUGGUGGUCAGCUACAACCGCAGAUCCAACUCUCGCGGGCCUCGUCGGUCAAUCGUUCUUCGUCGGGCAAGGCGACACCGUUGCUGCAUUCGGGUCAGGCCUCGCCCGCGCCGUCGACGAGGUCCGGCUGGAUCCGAUCCUCGCACCAUUCCAGUGGGGCAAGCCCAGCGGGCACGCCCGGCCCCGGCAUCCUGUCCAAGAGUCCCACGCUCACCUCGCCCGCGGGCACGCCAACGCCCAGUCUGACCUCGCUGCCGACGCUCAACGCGCUCGAGUCGUACAACGUCAGGAACGUCGCCGCCGCGCUCGACCAUUCGACCCCUGACGCCCUGCGCCACAUCGACGAUGCGUGGCAGUCCCUCUGUGUGCGCGUGUUGCCCCUCUUGUCAGUCGAAGCAGAUGGAUAAGUUUUUUUUUUUGGUCUAUUCUGCGACUAAGUCAGCGUGCUCUGCCCCCCCCCCCUCGAGCAGUAACGGAGAAGGGAUCCGAGGCCACGUCGAAGACCUCAACGACCUCGUCAUCUCCCGCAUUCAACGCACUUUUGCCCGCACCUCGUCGCGCCCCACGGCAUCCCAUACCCCUUCCUCGAACCUGUCCACGCUCGUCACCGGUCUUCUCGUCGAGGACCUGACCGACCUCCUCACCACCGGUUUCCUCACCCUCUCGUCCAAACUCUCACCCCCCAACGCCCCCCUCCCCGACGACAGGUUCCUCCACCGCCUCGACGAGACCUGGGCCUUCUUCUGGUCCGGUCUUUUACCCAACCUCGAAGCCAUCUUCUGGCCUCUACGCUGCGACGAGAGGCUCAAAGCCGCCGUCGGUGGCGAUGGGUUCGAUCGUCUCCAGGGAGGGAGGACUCGUCAGGGCGAAGGCAGGAUCGACAUUCGCAAGUUCGCCAUCAUCAGCUUUCGAGAUCAGGUCAUCUUGCCCGAGGAACCGAGGCUCAUGAGGCUCUUUCAGAAUGGCUCCCCUACGAAUGACGGCGAUGAGGCAGAGCAACAACCUCCGUCAGCACGGCGGCGACAGCAACAAGGGGAAGACGGUCCCGAUUCCCCCCGCGAGUCGAGGCAGAGUCGAUCCGGAGCAAAGCCAGGCUACGUCCCGAACGGAAGGAGCGUCACCUUUGCCACUUCCUCCCCCUCGUCCUCUCCCUCGUCGAGCAUCAUCACCCCUCGACGACGACAGUUGUUCUCCGUGCUCGCGUCGGUCCUCACCGCCGACGAUCGACAACUCAUGGUCGAGACCUUGCUCAAAUCCCUUCGCUCGAACCACCCCGACCGACGAAGAUCCCCUCUUUCGCAGCAUCGAGUCGACGACGAUGACGAAGGUCACCGACCCCCCUUCUUCAACCACUCGUCCUCGGCAUCGACGAUGAACCGCAUCAACACCUCGGGUCGGAAGAGUGGCUUCCUCGGCUCCGUCUACUCGGAUGGGCAUCGCUCGAAUCGAAAGAAUAGGGGAGGUGCAGGAUCGCAACGACCUCUGUCGAGGGAGGAAGGGGACGGUGGGGAUACACCGUUCAGUGAUCAAACUUCGGAUUACUACUUUGACUCCCCCGGCGUACCCCCCUCACCCGUCGUUCGCGGAUCGGAGGAAACUGGAUCUGGAUCGACGCCGAUUUCAGCGAACGAACGCAUUGACGAUCGAACGAUCACAUCUCGAUGGGGAGGAGGACCGACGGCAGGGGGAGGAGGAGGGGCACCUCAUCCUCGAGGUACCGUGCUCCCUUCCCCUUCGACGUCGAGCCUGAACGAAUUUGGUCGAUCGGUCGGUCAGAGUUUAAGCCAGAGCGAUCAGACGGGGACGACGGGUGGAACGAUCCGAGCUUUCCCCCGAGCAACGAUCCCACCUUUGCGUUGA